AUGAGCGCGGCGCCCGGCGGGGGCGCGCAGACGCUGCGGACCCCAGGUCGCCAUGGUUACGCCGUGGAGUUCUCCCCCUAUCUGCCCGGGCGCCUGGCAUGCGCCUCUUCCCAGUACUACGGGAUCGCGGGUUGUGGAACACUCAUUGUACUAGAACAAAAUGAAGCUGGAAUUGGACAUUUUAGAAGUUUUGACUGGAAUGAUGGCCUGUUUGAUGUGACAUGGAGUGAGAACAAUGAACACGUACUAAUCACAUGCAGUGGAGAUGGGUCUCUGCAGCUCUGGGAUACUGCUGAAGCCACAGGCCCUUUGCAGGUGUUUAAAGAGCACACACAGGAGGUUUAUAGCAUUGACUGGAGCCAAACCAGAGGCGAGCAGCUCGUGGUGUCUGGUUCAUGGGAUCAAACAGCCAAACUGUGGGAUCCAGCUGUUGGAAAGUCACUAUGUACUUUUCGAGGCCAUGAAGGUGUCAUUUAUAGCACGAUCUGGUCACCCCACAUCCCUGGUUGUUUUGCUUCAACCUCAGGGGAUCAGACUCUAAGAGUUUGGGAUGUGAAGACGUCAGGAGUCAAAAUUGUGAUUCCAGCUCAUCAAGCAGAAAUCUUAAGCUGUGAUUGGUGCAAAUACAAUGAGAAUUUGCUGGUAACAGGUGCAGUUGACUGUAGUUUAAGAGGCUGGGACUUAAGAAAUAUACGUCAACCAGUAUUUGAACUUCUUGGUCAUACCUAUGCUAUUAGGAGGGUGAAAUUUUCACCAUUUCACGCUUCUUUGUUGGCCUCUUGCUCCUAUGAUUUUACAGUGAGAUUCUGGAACUUUUCGAAGCCUGAUCCUCUCCUUGAAACAGUGGAGCAUCAUACAGAGUUUACAUGUGGGCUAGAUUUAAGUCUACAUAGCCCUACUCAGGUAGCUGACUGUGCUUGGGAUGAAACUGUGAAAAUCUAUACCCCAGCUUGUCUUAUGAACCCCCCUUAGGAAGAGCUCUCCUGCUCAAAUGCAGGCUAACAAACUAUCCAGUGCAAAAUAAAUGAACUGUUGAUAACA